AUGGAUGUUAACAGAUUCCUGCAACAAACCUCCGGUUACGGGCGAGAAGUGGUGGUUAGGGGCGAGAAGUGGCAGGUGGUGUAUGCCAAAAGGAAAACGGAAACCCCAAAAUCCUCAUUGACUCUCCUCUCUGGCCGUCGCCCUUUCCUCGUUGACUCGCCGUUUCCCUGCCGACUUACCGCCGUUCGCUCUCAGCUUUCACUAUUGGCUCAUCCUCUAUCGUCGCUGCUUCAGUUCUCAUGUUCUUCUUGUAGGCAGGAUCUUCAAACUGCUCUUUGUUGAUACCUAGUGGAAGCUUGAAAUUGCCUAUAUCUUAUGAAAUGCCUUUCAUCGGAAGCAACAGUGGAUCUUGUAGUUGUAUUCAUAAUGGUAUUUGUUGUUGAUUUGUGGGUUAAUAAAAUCCAAAUAGGAACGUUGUAGGUUAAAUGAAUAUGCUGGAAAAACAAGUUAACAAAUUCAGUUAGUUGACUAACCGUUUUAUAAAUAAUUCCCAUGGC